AUGCUCCGCGGAUUAUCCUCCCCCUCCUCCCCCUACACCCCCCCCUACCCCCCUCUGGUGCAUCUCCCCUCUCCUGCUCUUCCUAAUACCACUAUGCAUCACACCACACCCAAUCCUUCUGCUGCUUCUCCCCACUAUUUCCCCACCCACGCUCCCAAUGCUAUUGCACCUGCUGCCACCGUUCCUCCCCCUUUCAACCUGGCCGAAAAUGCAGUAAUGUCACCAGCAGCAUCAGCAGCAGCGCGUGGGACGGUACCCGCCCCUCUAGGCAACCUCUUAAAGCCUCUGACGCGGGAGCAGCAGUGGCUGCUGUGGCAGAAGGAGCAGGAGAGGCGGGUGAGAGAAGGAGCAGGAGGAGUGAGGGCUUUAGACCCUGAGAAGAACCAAGCAGUGUAUGGGUAUGGAAGUGUUGUGUGGAAAGGAAAGGGAGGGAGAAGCAGCGGAGGGAAGGCUGGAGAAUGUGCUGCUGCUGCUCCUGGUGGUGCUGCUGCUGCUCCUGGUGGUGCUGCUGCUGUUGCUGCUGAUGGUACCGCUGCUGUGCCUCCUCCCAUGCCUCUGCCUCUCCCACCUCUCCCAACAGUCCCAUCCAUAGCUCCCGUGUCUGACUCGCCUCCCACCCAUCUCGCCCUGUUACCCACCAACGCUGGGUCUAACAAGCUCGUCACUGUUAACGAGCCAUGCUAUAACGGGUACAGGGGAGGUCACACUGGGAAGUGUGAGCAGAGGCAGGAACCGGAGGAGGGGGAAGAGGAGGAGGGAGGAGACGGUGUCCCUAUGGCUGAUGAAUCCCGGCAGCCACUUUCCCAGAAGCUUCGCCUCCCAGCAUCUCUCGUGAACCCGUACCGACUCGUUAUAGUCCUCCGCCUUCUAGUCACAAUCCUGUUUCUGCGCUGGCGAAUCCUCAACCCCAACACCAAAUCCAUCCCCCUUUGGGCUACCUCAGUAGCGUGCGAAAUCUGGUUCAUCCUAUCCUGGAUUUUCGACCAGUUUCCCAAGUGGACUCCGGUCAAGCGAAGAACCUUUCCGGGCAGGCUGUCGGUCAGGUUCGAAAAUUCCUCUUCUGGGGUGUCCGGACUCGCACCAGUGGACGUCUUUGUCUCUUCUGGGGACCCUAGAUCGGAUCCUCCUCUUACCACAGCCAACACCCUCCUUUCUAUACUCGCUAUGGACUACCCCACUGACCGCGUAUCGUGCUAUCUCGCCGACGAGGGCGCUUCUCUGCUGACCUUCCAAAUGGUGGGUCUAGUUGCGGAAUUCGCCCGUCUCUGGGUGCCCUUCUGCAAGAAAUACAGCAUAGAGCCGAGAGCACCUGACGUGUACUUCAAGCAAAAGGCAUUCCCGGGAGGAGGAGGAGCGGGAGGAAGGGGAGGAGGAAAAGGAGGAGCGACAGGGGGAGGGGCUGGCGCGUAUGUUGGUGUUGCUGGUGCUGCUGAUGCCUAUGCUGGCGGUGCUGCUGUUAACGGUGGUGGCUUCAGCAACUGUGUAUCCUCUGAUGACUCAACAGCAGCAAGCUCUAGUGCGGACAUUCCCAGUGGUGGGUGGGGCAGCAGAAGAACUAGCAGCAGCGGAGGGAGCUACCUUGCAUCCCAGACCCACCCGUCCUUCCUCACGGAUCGCCGCACGGUGAAGUCCGCAUGGGAGCAGACCAAGAUCCGGCUGAACAAGAUGAAUUCAAGGUGGGAGGAGGGGCUGGAGAGGGGCGAGUGGAGCAUGGAUGAUGGGGUGCCGUGGCCGGGGAGUAGAGCUCAUGACCACCCAGCCAUGGUGCAGGUUUUUCUGGGAUCGGGUGGUGGGGGGGGUGGUGGGGGUGCUGCUGCUGCAGUUACUGUGGGUGAAGCUGAAAAGGGGACAGAAAGGAGCACCGAGAAGGGAACUGGGGCGGCAGGGAACGGAACUGGAAACGGAAAAGAGAAGGCGGCAGAGAAGGCAGCAGAAGAGGCAGCACAGAAGGGCGAAAACACAGCGACAGAAGCAAAGGAACCUGCCAGGGGGGCAGCAGCAGCAGCAGCAGCAGCAGAGGGGUCCAUAGACCUGCCUCGCCUGGUAUACGUAGCACGGGAGAAGCGGCCGGGUUACAACGAGCACGGCACAGCAGGGGCACUUAACGCUCUGCUGCGCGUCUCUGCUCUGCUCUCCAACGCACCCUUCCUCCUCACCUUAGACGCCAAUCACUACGUCAAUAACGCAACUGCUCUUAGAGAGGCCAUGUGCUUUCUGAUGGAUGGGAGUGGAGCCGCGGGUGGUGGAAAAGCGGAUGGGUUGAUGGGGGAUGGGGCAGGGGCAGGUGGGAAUAAGUGCUGCUUCGUGCAGUUUCCUCUGCGGUUUGAUGGCGUGGAUGAGAGCGAUCGAUACGAAAACCACAACACUGUGUUCUACGAUGACCCAUGCUCAUGGGAUCAGGCUGCUGUUUCCGCAGACAGGCACUCUAUGGGGGUAAACCCCCUGGGGCUCAGGAUUGCAGCAGAUCUACCCGCUGCAGCAGCAGCAGCAGGAGAAGCAGGAGUGGCAGCAGCAGCAGCAGCAAGGCAGGAGAAACCGGGCAAGGGAGAGGCAGGGGUAAGCACAGCAGCAGCAGGAGCAGAAUCAGGUGGUAGCAGUAGCAGUAGCAGUGGUGGUGGUGGUGGGGAGGUGGUGGUGGAUAUUGAUAGGGACGCCCGUUUGGAUACAAUGCGCAGGCGAGGCGGAGGAACCGCUAAUACUACUGCUCAUGCUGCUGCUGCUGCUGCUGCUGCUGCUGCUGCUGCUGCUGCUGCUCCUUCUUCCCCUGCUGCUGCUACCUCUGCUGCAGAUGGUAGCGCUACCACCCACUCCCUGGUGCCCUUCUCACACUACCAUCUCACUGCCAUGCAUGGCAAAGCCGGCCCACACGCCACCGCAGCUACAGCAGCUGCUACAGCCGGUAGAGUGUAUGAGGAGGAUACAGAGGACGCGGAGGGUACUCCUCUGAUGGAGAUGAAGCGGUACGAGCGAAGGUCCUUCUCUCAUCUAUCGGCGCGACCGAACUCGCUCUCUCCUCCCGCUCCCCCGUCUGGUUCGGCCUCCGUCACGGCCGCUUAA